CAGUUUGAAGCUUGCGCAUGACCGUUGCUAUUGGUAACCAACGCUUGCUCAAUUUCAUAUAAAAGAUUCUACAUUGUCGAUCUGUGUCAAGACGUUUGUCCUAAAAUAUUGCUAGUAGACUAUUCGUGUGAACACAUAUUACUGCUGAUCCGUCAACUACAAUGGCUAACAGUUAUCACAUGGAAGCGCUCAGGAAACAACGGCUGUUGGACCGAAAGAAUGAAGCUUUAAGACGUUUGGAAAAACAGGGAACUGACUUGACCAAAGAUGCAGUGAUGGACGGUUAUCUCUCUAAACAGACACCUAAAGAAUCUCCGCUCAUUACCGAUGAAGGCCAGUUUAAUCAACAGAGGAGUGUUCUGUCAUGGAUUGGAAAGGAACGGAAUAGACGUCAGUAUGACCAUAGUCGAGAUGGUCCCAUUCUGCCCAAUACUUGGACAAGUUUGAAAAAAGAACUUCAGUUUAGGGAGGCAACCACUUCACUGUUUGGAGCAUCAGCUGUAAGGAUGAAAUUCAAUUGUUCAUCCUGAAAUUCAUACGAGACCUAGCAUAGUAUUAGUUUUGAGAACUUAUGAAUGUUCAUGGGAACUUGUAAAUUGCUAACCAGUUUGCUGUCACUUGUUAUUAUGUGCAGUUCCUUUCAGCAAAGGUGAACAAUAUUAUAUUUGCCUAGAACUAUAUUAACUCAUCUAGUCAUUACUUCAGCCCCAGAAAGGAAAAGAUUUAUGGACAAGUGACAAAAAUGUAUAUGUAAUGAUUAAACAAGAUAUGGAUAAAUAUGAUAUAAAUAAAAGACAAGUACUAAAGUACUGUAGUGUCUUUAUGUGACUGUUACCCCCAAGUAUAUCUUACCAAUUUCAUCUCUUCCACAUCUGCCCCAAUCUUGGUUAUUUCUUUCCAAAUCCUCACUGAAGCAGCAAAUAUCAAGUUUGCUGUAAUCAAAAGUGUAUUUUCCAUGCUUGCACUAUCUCUUCAUUUUAUUUCAACUUGUUUUUGGUUUAUUGUAACUGUGUUCACAUUGGGUAAUUUGGCAAAUUGAACUAGAUCUAAAUAAACCGUAUACAUAUGUGUAACCAGGGUUCACUCUAAGAAUCUUAUGUGAAAACCUCAUAUAUUCCAGAGGUACACCCACUCUUGCCAAUACAGCAGAAUGUUAAAAUGCCCCAUUGUAUUUGAAAAUGUGGGCCUUUUUUCAAAUUUAAGGGCUAAAGCCCAAGGCCCCACCCUAGAAUUAUACCCAGAACUCUGUUACCUUUUCAAUUACCCCUUCAAGAUUUAAGAUUUUUGCAGAAUAGAUUGAGCAGCACAUGAUUUUUAUUUGUUUAUUCAGGUCUACAUCGGGCAGAUGUCCUCACCAAUCUGCUUUAGUUGACAUGGGGUAACAUGAGUUGGGGUGUUACAUUCAUAACCUGAAUACAUAAAUUAUAAGAGUGAUACCAAAGUUAAUUUUUAACCUGGAUUACAGUGUGUGAAAGGCAUUUCUUCAUAUUCAUUUCUAUAUAUAUUUCACAUGGACAAAUGAAGCGUCAGGUUUAUGAACUACAAUGUCAGGGGGGGCCUAUUGUCUGUGUAUUCCUGUAAAUUGUCCCAUUUUCAAAUGAAGACUUCCCCCUUUCCCCAAUUAUUUUUACAUCACCUCUUGUGCAAACAUUUGGUGUAUAUUUUGUCAAACAAAUUCAUGUCACUCUUCUGCAUUCCAGCAUGUUUGAAAUGACUGCUAAGAACUAAUAUGUUUGAAUAGUUUCAUGUUGCAAGAACAUGAAAGAUGCAAGACAUUUCAUUUGUGCAUAAUCUUACAUAUUUUACAAAUACCUGGUUUCAGUUGAGUAAGUUGAUACAGGCGCUAUGUAUUCCAUAUCUUGUUUUUUUUAUAAGUAUAAAGUUUUGCACAGAUUUGAUAAAGUAAACCACCAUGUUGAUGGCCUUCGAUAGUGUGCAUAUUUUGGUGUAUAUGAACAUGCUGUUUCCUGUAUUUUGUUGUGGAUGAAUCUAUUCUAAUGCGUGCUGUGUGAUCUUACAAGGAAUGUGAUGUCGUUUACCUGUGUACCAACUGUAAUAUAUUGUACAAUGAAGUCAGGUAAACAGUAUAAUAGUCAUGAGUAAGUAAAGGAAAAGGAAGGGUUAUCUCAGCCAUUGAGAACAUUUCGAGGAAAUACAAACCAUAGCAAGAAGUGGUCAUAGCUCUUUAACUUGGAGGGAUUUUUUUUAAAUGCUACUGUUGAGGAAUAAGUGAAACAAAUCUCUGUGUAUGACAGAUUGUCAGUAUAAACAUUUCUAACUGUCUCUUUGCAUUGCACUGCUGCUUACCAUGGACAAAAGUAUUGACCAGAAGCUUUCAUAUGCCACUGUUGCUAUACUAUACCUUGUCAGUAUUACACUAUUAUUUGUUUAUACAAUAUUUGCCUUUUAUGUACUAUUUAAUAAAAUAUAUUACUUGCA